GUGAUCAGCGUCCUGACAGUGGGGAGGAGGGGGAGGACAGAGGGAGUCGACUCUUUGUGUUCCGUCUCCGAGAUGCUGCUGUCGUCAAGCCGUACAGACACGAAUAUGUCGGCAGAGCAUCAUCACCCCAGGGCCAAUCAGGGACAGGCACCUCUAACUUGGAGGAAACAUGCAACCUGUAUUUCCAACAAAGGGUUCAAUCUGUGGAGGAGAGAAACAAAGUCAUGACUGAGACAUGGAACCAGCUCCAAGAGCAUGCCGCCAUGGUGCUCUUACAGAACUGACAGCAAGUUGUUACCAUCUAACAGAACUGACAACAAGUUGUUACCAUCUAACAGAACUGACAACAAGCAGUUACCAUCUAACAGAACUGACAACAAGCGGUUACCAUCUAACAGAACUGACAACAAGCGGUUACCAUCUAACAGAACUGACAACAAGCGGUUACCAUCUAACAGAACUGACAACAAGCGGUUACCAUCUAACAGAACUGACAACAAGUUGUUACCAUCUAACAGAACUGACAACAAGCGGUUACCAUCUAACAGAACUGACAACAAGUUGUUACCAUCUAACAGAACUGACAACAAGCGGUUACCAUCUAACAGAACUGACAACAAGUUGUUACCAUCUAACAGAACUGACAACAAGCGGUUACCAUCUAACAGAACUGACAACAAGCGGUUACCAUCUAACAGAACUGACAACAAGCGGUUACCAUCUAACAGAACUGACAACAAGCGGUUACCAUCUAACAGAACUGACAACAAGUUGUUACCAUCUAACAGAACUGACAACAAGCGGUUACCAUCUAACAGAACUGACAACAAGUUGUUACCAUCUAACAGAACUGACAACAAGCGGUUACCAUCUAACAGAACUGACAACAAGUUGUUACCAUCUAACAGAACUGACAACAAGCGGUUACCAUCUAACAGAACUGACAACAAGCGGUUACCAUCUAACAGAACUGACAACAAGCGGUUACCAUCUAACAGAACUGACAACAAGCGGUUACCAUCUAACAGAACUGACAACAAGUUGUUACCAUCUAACAGAACUGACAACAAGCGGUUACCAUCUAACAGAACUGACAACAAGCGGUUACCAUCUAACAGAACUGACAACAAGCAGUUACCAUCUAACAGAACUGACAACAAGCUGUUACCAUCUAACAGAACUGACAACAAGCUGUUACCAUCUAACAGAACUGACAACACCCUGUUACCAUCUAACAGAACUGACAACAAGCUGUUACCAUCUAACAGAACUGACAACAAGCUGUUACCAUCUAACAGAACUGACAACACCUUGUUACCAUCUAACAGAACUGACAACAAGCUGUUACCAUCUAACAGAACUGACAACAAGCUGUUACCAUCUAACAGAACUGACAACAAGCUGUUACCAUCUAACAGAACUGACAACAAGCUGUUACCAUCUAACAGAACUGACAACAAGCUGUUACCAUCUAACAGAACUGACAACACCUUGUUACCAUCUAACAGAACUGACAACAAGCUGUUACCAUCUAACAGAACUGACAACAAGCUGUUACCAUCUAACAGAACUGACAACAAGCGGUUACCAUCUAACAGAACUGACAACAAGCGGUUACCAUCUAACAGAACUGACAACAAGCUGUUACCAUCUAACAGAACUGACAACAAGCGGUUACCAUCUAACAGAACUGACAACAAGCUGUUACCAUCUAACAGAACUGACAACAAGCGGUUACCAUCUAACAGAACUGACAACAAGCUGUUACCAUCUAACAGAACUGACAACAAGCUGUUACCAUCUAACAGAACUGACAACAAGCUGUUACCAUCUAACAGAACUGACAACACCCUGUUACCAUCUAACAGAACUGACAACAAGCUGUUACCAUCUAACAGAACUGACAACACCCUGUUACCAUCUAACAGAACUGACAACAACAACUUGUUACCCUCUUACAGAACCAACACCAUGUUACCCUCUUACAGAACCAACACCCUGUUCCCCUCUUACAGAACCAACACCCUGUUACCCUCUUACUGAACCAACACCCUGUUCCCCUCUUACAGAACCAACACCCUGUUCCCCUCUUACUGAACCAACACCCUGUUACCAUUUUACAGAACCAACACCCUGUUACCAUCUUACAGAACCAACACCCUGUUCCCCUCUUACAGAACCAACACCCUGUUACCCUCUUACUGAACCAACACCCUGUUACCAUUUUACAGAACCAACACCCUGUUCCCCUCUUACAGAACCAACACCCUGUUACCCUCUUACUGAACCAACACCCUGUUACCAUUUUACAGAACCAACACCCUGUUCCCCUCUUACAGAACCAACACCCUGUUCCCCUCUUACAGAACCAACACCCUGUUACCCUCUUACUGAACCAACACCCUGUUACCAUUUUACAGAACCAACACCCUGUUCCCCUCUUACAGAACCAACACCCUGUUACCCUCUUACUGAACCAACACCCUGUUACCAUUUUACAGAACCAACACCCUGUUACCCUCUUACUGAACCAACACCCUGUUACUAUUUUACAGAACCAACAGCCUGUUCCCCUCUUACAGAACCAACACCCUGUUCCCCUCUUACAGAACCAACAGCCUGUUCCCCUCUUACAGAACCAACACCCUGUUCCCCUCUUACAGAACCACCAGAAGCAGGACAUUACCACGGCCACAUGUCUUCCGUCACUACAUAGACUGACACAUGAAAACCUACAGGAUAUAUUGAUUGAAUACUACCUCAGCGUAACCUUUGUUCUUCCAGGUUGGCAUCUUGACUUUUAGGAAAAGCGGUAAUGGAGGGUUUUACAUUAUUAGGUUUGAUGUUAGCAUAUGUUACAGGCAAUAAUGUAUGGGUUCUUACAUCUGCUUUCUUAGAUCCACUGAAGAAUGGACCAUGCUUUGAUAGGGCUUUGAAUAAAUUGGGAGAUUAAGACUAAAAUGUAAA